AUGGCAUGCUACAGAUUCUGUUCACCGUACCUCUGCACGAGCGCGUGUGAUGACUUGGAUGCUUACGAUCCAUGGGAUUGUUUUGAUACAUGCACAUCAACUUGUUACAUUCAACCACGAGUUUAUCGAUUGCGUAGUGCGAAAUGUCAACCAUCGACCAGUUUGUCGAAAACCCAAGGAUGCAAUUCAACGAACAGAGGGACAGAAUCAGCAGCAGCCGAAGCCAAUUCAGAAAAGUUCUGUGUCCAUGUGAAUAUUCGUGGAUUCGAUCAGGAAUCAGUCAAGAUGAAGGUUGAAAAUGGCAAACUAAUUGUUGAAGCUAAUGAAGAAGACCGACAAGAUGACGAAGAGUAUACUAUCCGACAAUUUAAAAGAACAUAUCAAAUACCUAAACAAGCCGAUCCAUCAUGUAUGACUUCCCGAAUGGUAUCGGAUAAUAUACUUCUAAUUGAGGUGCCUUUUACUAAAAGUUCACCGGGUGAGAACUGUCUGGCACAAGGCGAAGAACAAAGUUUUCAGAACGGAAAUUAUCUAGGACAAGCUCCAGAGCAAAGCUACCAGAAUGGAAACUAUUCUGGCCAGGGUCAAGAACAAAGCAGCGGCUAUGGAAAUGAUCUUCCACAAUGUCAAGAGCAAAGCGUUCCAAAUGAUAACUACACUGGACAAGCUCCGGAACAAAGUUAUCCAAAUAGUAAUUAUACUGGGCAAGCACCAGAGCAAAGUUAUCCGAAUAGAAGUUAUUCUGGACAAGGUCAUGUGCAAAAUAGUCAAUAUGGAAACUUCCCUCAAUCGGAAUCACAAGAAUCACGUGAUUCAUUGGCUUCUUAUGUUAAACUUUUAAUGAGUGCAGAUUUUCAUCCAUGCAUUGCUGACCUUGGUGGAAAUAGGAAAGCGUUGCAAAUGACAAUCGAUGUGAAAAACUGUCAACUCGAAGAUAUGAAUGUUUCUAUAGAAAACAAUGAGUUAGUUGUUCGAGGUCAGUGUAAACAUAAAGAAAAUCAUCAUUCCAAACGAGCACGGUUCUUCCGAUCGACAACAUUACCAGCUGGAGCACAAACUCAACAGAUGACAAAGCAAUUGGAUAAAGAUGGUCAAUUGAAGAUACAAAUACCAAUUACACUUACAUAA